GAUGGUAGUGCAUGGAGGAGGAGGAGGAAGGAGGUUGUUGCUGUGCUGCUGUUGCUGCUGUGCUGGUGCUGUGGCGAGGGCAAUGGAGCAUAACCCAGACGGCGAGUGACUCAUUCCAGCCUCUCCCCACACAACACUCGCCUUCCAGCCUCUUCUCCCUCGCCAACCUUAGCAGCCAUCACCAUUUCAAGCCAUUAGUAAUGUAGUAUAAGAAGUCAGGAAUUAAGUCAAGAUGUCAGAAUACUGCCUGCGCUGGAACAAUCACCGGCCCAACCUGGUGACGGUCUUCUCAGAGUUGCUCACUUCAGAGGCUCUGGUGGAUGUCACGCUAGCCACUGAUGGUCAUUACAUUCAUGCUCACAAACUAGUACUUUCAGCAUGCAGUGUUUAUUUUAAGGAUCUUUUUGGGGCAAACCCAUGUAAACACCCUAUUGUAAUCCUGAAGGAUAUCCGCAUUGAUGACCUCAAAACAGUCAUUGAUUUCAUAUACCGUGGAGAGGUCAAUGUUGCCCAGGACAGACUCCAGGAUGUGCUCAAGACAGCAGAAUCACUAAGGAUCAAGGGGCUGGCCGAGAACCCACGUAGCUACGAUGAGAUGUCUAGUCAUGGUGCCCGCUUCUCACAGUCAUCAAUUGGCUCUCAGGUAACACGACAGAGAUCAUCCCUUACUGACUCACGAGAACAGUCCUCGAGCCUUGAAGGCGAAGAGGAAGCAGAACCCGGAACACCACCCUCAACCAAACGCCGCAAAAUCACACCUUCCCAUGACAGCUCAGAAAGUGUUCAUGAGGAAACGGAGAAUGACAACAAGGCCUGCUCAUAUGAAGUUAAGGACGAGCCAGUUGACGAUCGCGAAAAUGAGAGAUCACAGUCAAGGGGCGCCGAACAAGAGUCAAAUGUGAAUCGGGUUGCUGAUGCUAUGCUCAUGCUCCAGGGAGUCAGCUCAGAUAAUGCAGAUGAAUCUGGCAACACCCCCGGCACCAGUAGUGACUCUACCUUAACAUCAUCACAUUCACAAGGUCGUGGGAAGCGAGGAGUACUACAGCGACAACAUGGCAUUAUCCGGGAUGCUGCAGGUGAGGAGCGCAGGGAAGAAAACCGAGAAGCCACCCAUCAGCAGCAACACUCCCAGCAGUCACAGCAUCCUCAGCAACAGCAAGUUCCACAAGAGACUGGGAAGAGUGACACAAAGGAUGCAAAGGGUGAUGCAGAAAAGGAGCCAGAACUUAUUAUUCCAGAUACUGUGGUGGUCUCAGGCGGAACAGUAACAUUGUCAAGUAAUCAGCCAACACUCCUUCAGGUGCCAACUAUGGUAGUGGGACAUAGAGACUCCAUUGGACCAGGACCACUACCCAAACAACAUUCACAUCCAACACCUCUUCUGACCCCAACACCCAUCAUAAGUAAACAGUUGUCUCAUCCAGAAUCCCGAGGUCCACCAACACAUCAAGGACCCCCUCAGAUGUCUAAGCAGAGAUCCCAUCCAGGUGUUCUGACACACACACCAUCACCAUCAGAAAGAUUACCAAGUACUACUACCACCACAAGCACUAGCAGUACAGCACCUCAACAGCAGCAGCACUUACAGGUAAUUCCCAUGCAUUUAGUUAUGAAACCAAGACCCCCACCAGUAACCAUGCCAUCACAGCUGAGACCAAUUCAGCCAAAGCCUUGUGAAGGCCCAACAGUUUCUGAACCACUUCCUAAGAAGGAAAUACCCUUGAUACGUCUGACACCUUCAGAAGAUGGAGGCAAUGUAAAUAUUAGUAGUAGUGGCUUUAAUAUGAGUGGUUGUACAGUGACUGGACCUUCCCGACCCAUAAGGGCACUGAGUGAGGAGCCAGCUAUGUCUAGACAGUCAAUGACUCACACACAUGAGCAAUUAGCUCCAGGACCAUCUGUCUUAAUACAGAGUGUGUCACAAGAUUCAGGUCUAGACUCUGGUACUGGAAAUCGCAUGUUAAGUACACCUCAGCUGUCAGUGACAACUACACCUCCACUCAGACCUGCUUCUUCUCCUGGUCACUGUCCCGUCCUCCGUGGUGGUCCUGCUCUAGGAUGCAACUUUUGUUGGAACUCAACAGACCCACAAGGAAGAGUUCUUCGUCGAAAGACAAAAUACCAUUGCCCAGAGUGUAGAACCAACCUGUGCAUUGUUCCUUGCUUUCAUGAGUACCAUAAACAGAUAGAACGUUCACAGGACACUGACAAACAGAUUACAAAGAUUCUUACUAAAACUAGUUCAUUGUAGUGGGUAAAUGGCAAGCAGCAGACAACAGGGGAAAAUGAGAAAGUAUCCUUUGAAGAAGGUCUAAGUGUAACAUUGUUAUUUCCAGUGCUAUGAACUAGAGUCUAACAUGAUCAAAAUGUUUAUUUAUUGAUGUAAAUAUUAGAUGAAAUCACUUUCACAUAUGCAUUCAGCUGUGUUCUACACAUAUCCACUAUUGCCAACAAAUGGGUGUCUAUCAAAAAUGUCUGUCUAGUUAAAAAAAAGAUUUUACAAUUUUACAGCUAGAUAGAAAUAUGACUAUUAGUCUCAUCAAUAGCUUCUUUUUUUCCCUUCAGAAAUUUACCAUGAAAUCUCCAUGUCUGUUCUUUAUUUUGGUCAGAUUACAUAAGUAGCAGAAAAAGUAUAACUUUGAAGUUUGUUACGUGUAUGAAGUUGUUCAUAAAAGUUCAUAUAGCCAAAAGAAAAAAACAAAUAUAUAAUGUUGAACUUCAGUUGGUUGGUCAGUGAAUUACAAAGUUGUUUGUAUGUAUGUAUAUGUAUUUUGUUAUUGUCUUAUUUUUUAUUUAUCUUUUUUUCUUAAUCAUCCUCUUCUUAUUCUUCUUUUUCUUCAUGUUAAGGGGGGGGGGGGGAUCAUUCAUGGCACACACAAAAAUUAAUAUGUAUCACACAAGGUGGUAAUGGUUUUAUGAGAGUUUGGUUAUUUCAGAUAAAAUGAGAUUAUGUAAAUUGCAAAAUACACAGCAACUAUGAUUUUGUACCAA